GGACGCAGCGUCUCGGGUUAUGCGCCAUGCUUUUAUUAUCCAUCCAGUUUAGUAAAAGCUAUAUUACAUUGCAAUUUCCAUAAUUUGUGUUUUAUAAACGUCUCAAAAAGGCAGCAGUUGAAGUGUCCCACAAGAUUGCCAUUGCUCUGCUGUGACUGCUGCACUGUUUUUAAACCGUUAUUCUAAAUAAGGAAGCCUCCUCUCAGACAUAUGACCACCGGCCCGAUUUGGACUCUGCCAAAGUGCCCAUCACGUUCUGGGAUCGCUCAAAGGCACCCAGUGAGGCGUAUCUCUCCCCUUCUCGCAUGUGGACGGAGAGCAUUCAGCCGAAGUCCCAGCUCCCAGCUGAGCUGACGCUGCAGUUCCGCGAUUCGGCUCCGCUCUGCCGGCUUGUAACUUUCCUUCCUUCGCCUGUUCAGUUUUGACGGAGCUACGAUGAAGUCAGAGUGAUGUCACGGAUAUGCGGAUGCCAGGCAAGGUGAGAUAGGUUUUUGGUGAGAGGUAUUCUCCACGGCCAGCGUUGCCCAUCGAGAGAAGCGCCGAGCGGCAAAACAUGAUCAUCAUUACCACCACCGCCACCACCUCAAGCUCUGCCGCGCUCUCGCUUCCUUCUCAUCUCCUCCCGGGCUUUCGUUUCAUGCCCGAAAUCCUGAUCUGCCUUCCAAAAAUAAGCUUCUGCCAGCAUGCCGAAGGACGAAAAACAAGAAGAGUGGUAUUUUUAGGGCCAUUAAUUUUGACCACGUGUCCCGAAGGUAAACCGGAUGGCCAUUGCGCAAAGGCUCCUCAUCAGUAUGUCCUACGAGGCCGGCACGCACUGGACGUUGACUGCGAUUGUUCUAGGGUUCCUAGUGGGGGUUGUGUCAUCAUAUCCUAUUCCAAGCAGGACUAAUGCAAGUAUAUUGGAGGAAAGAUGGGAGACCCUGUUCUCCCACUCCAUUCUGGGAAUCUCGGGGGAGAAAUCGGACCUGAACUGGGAGAGUGACUAUUUGCUGGGCAUCAAGAGAGUGCGGAGGCUGUACUGCAAUGUGGGCAUCGGGUUUCACCUUCAGAUCCUUCCAGACGGCAGGAUAAACGGUGUACAUAAUGAGAACCAGUACACCCUAAUAGAAAUCUCCACAGUAGAGCGGGGAGUCGUUAGCUUGCACGGAGUCAGCAGUGGCCUAUUUGUCGCAAUGAACAGCAGAGGAAGGUUGUACGGAACGGCAGCCUUUUGUGACGAGUGCAAAUUCAAGGAGACUCUGCUGCCAAACAACUACAACGCCUACGAGUCUGCGGCCUACCGGGGCUUCUACAUGGCGCUCAGCAAGCACGGCCGCGUCAAGAGGGGCAACAGGGCCACGCCGGCCAUGACGGUCACACACUUCCUCCCACGGAUAUGACCUACGCUCACAGAAGCUCACUAAUUUGCACACGUGCAUGUUUUCCCAGCCUGUGUUCAUAUAUAUAUAUAUAUAUGUAUACAUGCAGUGCCAAUCAAAAGUCUGAACACACCUACCAAAAAUCAUUUGUUUUUCAACAAGAUGACAACCCUCAGCACACCUUGAGCUUAUAUAAGUACUGUAUUAACCUGUGAAUAAGCAAAGAGAUGGAGUGCUGUGACAGAUGACCAGGCCCCCACACUCCCCCCACCUAAACCCUACUGGGCUGAUUUGGGAUCAGUGGGGUCACAGAGUAAGGGCAAGGGAGCCAACCUGUGCCCAGAACUUAUGGACACUCCUUCAGGGCUGUUGGAUAAGCAUCCCAGGUGGCUACAUCUGGAUCCUUUUGACAUGUAUGACUUCAUCGCCUCAAGGCCUUUUACUAUAAGGUGGAUAACAGCUAAAACAGAGACAAAUGCAUUAAAAGCAGGUGUGUCCAGACUUUUGACUGGUACUGUACAUAUAUAUGCACACAUUCAUACAAAUACACACUGACUGCAAAAUGCUACUAUAACUAAUGGUAUUUAUUCUGUCUUUAUAUAUGUAUAUUUGGGUAGUUAACUUUGUAUUAGAACCUAUAUAUAUGCCAUACUUUGCUGCUUAUUAUUUUUAUUAUUGUUAUUGUUAUUAUAUAAAGGGGGGCCGGCUUUACCUGCCCCCCCCCUUUAUAUGGGUGCUUGCCGUAAAUGGUAGAAGCUUCAUCCUGUCAUUGGUAUGGCUAAUCUCCUUAGCUUUUAAAGGCGAAAUCGAUACGUUUUAUUACCUCAACCGGCCACCUCCUGAAAGGUUGCAUGACAUCACGCUCACAAAAGUUUAUAUUCCGUCCGGCCCCUUUAAGAGCUCUGCCGCCGCCUCCGCUGCUGGUAACCGAGAGGUGUGGAGCGCAGCCCCGUUGCCGCGUGAGGAUCCGGUGCCUUCGCUUUGCCUAAGCCUCUCCCUUGGCUCCUUUAUGCGCCCGUGACAGGCGCGAACCCGUGAUCAGGAACGGGGUUGAGAUGUGAAUGGAGAUCGAGGCUUUAGGUAAUUUUCAGUAUAGAAAUGAGGAUCAUUACUUGAGUCCCCCCCCCACCUCUGUAAAUAGAUGCAUUCAGUAAUGGAGACUCAGCCAGUUGUUAACGUUGGGUCUGGCAAGUCGCUUGUAGCUUGUUAUCCCAAAGAAAACUAACAUUUGUUGGGAAAAGAAAUGUGCUUUUACAACUUUUCCGAGAUUACAUUGGAGCCCAAAUGCCGAAGUACGUUUCAGUUACUUUGCUAAAAGAUAUUGAGUUACUAGGCUCUUGUACACAGGACUUGCAAUCGAUGCUCUUGGCCUGGGGAACCGCUGUUAUAUGUAACUACUUGACUCCAGGAAAUGCUGAAUGAAAUUGGUUACAAAACAUGUAAAAUCUAUAGAUGCAAUCAUCGUAAGGUGCUUGAGAUAAGUGUCUGCUUAGCAAAUAAAAAAACACUGUAAAAAUGUUGGAAUGAUGAAAGCUAGAGCAUAAGAUUGAUGUUUUUCUUUGACUUGCUGAAGCAAAUCAUAUUUCUGGUUGCAAAAUAUCAACAACGGCUGGUAAUUUGUAGAUCAUGAAGAUCGGUCUUGUGUGUUUUAUUCAGUUUUUAUUUUAUUUUAUUAAUUUAUUUGGGAAUAUGCUGUUGGGCAUUUUAUUAUCCCAAAAGAGCAAUAGUUACUGUAUUUGUUGGUGAGUGUGAAGGUGAACUGAUGUUAAUUUGAGUGACAGUGUGUGGAAUGGCGAGGUGUCACUGUGCAGUUCAUCAAGGGCUCUGCCAUGCUUGUUUGUUUUCCACAAAAUGUCUGCCGUCUACUUGAAUACAAGGGCUGGUCUUCAACCCUUUCUGAGCCAAUGGUCCUUUGUCCAGGAAUGGGACUAUUUUUGUUCAUGAAAAGGCAGAUGGGACGUGGUAAGGAAGGCCUAUUUCCUCAUUUUUGCAAGGAGGUUUUCAAAGUGAGCUGCGCCAAAAUUAAGGAAGCUUUUUGUACGGACUGUUUACAGUUUAGGGCAGGGAACCUGACGGCCAGAAGUCAGUGACGACAGCCCGUCAAGGUGUGAUGCUGGGUCUCCCCUGUGCCUCAGCAUGGGAGCGUCCGCUUUAAACUAACCGAACACCGAAAAAAAUCAUUCUUAUGGAGCGUGAGUGUCCGGGCGGUAGUGACGAAAGUGUGUUUGUUUGUUUAUAUAUUUAUAAUUUAUUUGUAGCAUAUGUAGACAUUCAUAUCGUGUUUUUUUUUGCCUGUCCUUGUGGACAGCGGGACACUUUCCUCAUGGCAAACAGAAGCAUUGUAUGAACCUGACGAUGUCGCGUUCAUUGGUGUGCAAGUGCUGCCGUUCGAUUUGGAGUCCCUGGGGGGUACUGUGCACCACCGUCAGCGUGACAAACUGGGGGGGGGGAUGAGCUUAAGAUGCUAAUGAAAAUAUACGAAAGGACGUUCUGGCGAAAGGGCAGCCAGUGUGGGUGGGGGGUCUGCCCCCCAGGCUCCCGGCGGGGGUGCGGAGUGUCGGUCUGUGCUGUUUCUGUGCGUCCGCUAUCAGUUUCGUAUUCCUGCACUGAGGGGAAUGUGCUUCCUCCGACCCCCCUCUCUUUGUUAACAUAUACCUCACCUUCUGCCUUAGUUCCGAUUUGUUACUACGAUUGUAAAUUAGCAGGAAGCAACAGACUUCUCCAAUCAUUUAUUUCUGAAAAAAAUGACAACGAGAGUAAGAAUACUAAUAUAUAUAUAAAAUGGGUUUCCUUUUAUUUUUCUACGUAUGUGCUGUGCACAGGAGUCUACUGUAUUCCUAAAACUACAAUAAAAUUUUGUUUUUUUUUUAAGGCUGGUUGCUGCAUUUAUUUAAUUCUUUGCUUGGAGCAAAUUAUCGAGAUGCCUGCUAUACGGAGGCAGCAGUUUACAGCACAAUGCUGAUGUUCUAUCCCAAACGUUUUCCAAUCCUUUACCGCGGUCAGGGUCACGGUCCUGGAGACUACGCCGGCAUCAGGGCAGACGAGGCUGAUCUACACCCUGGUCGGGAUGCCAGUCCAUCGCAGGGCACACAAUCAAACGUACAAUAUAGACAAUUUAGUGACGACACUUACAAACACUAAUAUCUUACAGUAUACGUUAAGUAAUGCUACCCAGGUAGUGACGAAGAUCGACGUUUCUUCAAUGAGCUGUUUUAAUUCAUAUCUGUCGGUCUUUCUGGGCGUACUCACCUAAGCACUCUUAUUUAUUAAAUUUAUUAUUACUGCGAUAUUUCUGAUGUUGUUAGGCUAGUUCACAUCAACCGGGUGUCGAAAUAAGCGGAAACAUAUUUAAAAGGUAAAAAAGUUUGAACAGAAGCUGUCGCCAUAUUUUAUAUUGAUCUUUUUUGUUCUUAAUGUGGGAAGGUACUCCUGUAAUCUUCUGACCAAACAGACUCGCAGCCCAUCCAGACUGUACUGCAGUCAAUGCUGCCGGGCCUAUAGGCCAUCCUAUGUACUUUAUAAAUAGUUGAAAGACCAGAUGGGCUUGUUUUUUAAGCAUUUCGCACUUGUAAGUGUAUCGAGUUCCUGUUAUUUUAUUAAAGAUGUUAUUUUAGAGAA